AUGGGUGACAGGAAUGAAACCAGUGUUAUGUAUUUCAUUCUCCUGGGAUUUCCCACCUCUGCCGAACUGCAACUGCUCCUCUUCUCUGCUUUCUUUCUUGCUUAUUCAUUAACUGUAUUGGAAAAUAUCAUUAUCAUUUUCAUCAUCCGAACUAACCGUAGUCUGCAGAAACCCAUGUAUUUCUUCCUGGGAAACUUGUCUUUCUUAGAGAUCUGGUAUGUUUCUGUCAUUGAGCCAAAGAUGCUAGUAGAUUUCCUCUCUCCAGACAAACGCAUAUCAUUCCAGGGUUGCAUGACACAGCUAUAUUUCUUUGUGACUUUUGUUUGUACUGAGUACAUUCUCUUAGCUGUUAUGGCCUAUGACCGCUUCUUGGCCAUAUGCAGUCCUCUCCGGUAUCCACUCAUCAUGAACCAUCGAUUCUGUGUUCACCUGACAGCUGCCUGUUGGAUGUGUGGUUUGAUCACCUCUUUCAUCAAGCUGAGCUUUAUAGGUCAGCUCUGGUUCUGCAAUGUAGACAAAAUCAAUCACUAUUUCUGUGAUAUUUCACCUCUACUGAAUAUCUCCUGCAGUGAUUCCUCUUUGGCUGAGCUAGCGGACUUCAUCUUGGCUCUGAUGGUCAUCAUGGUGCCACUGUGUACUGUAGUCACCUCAUAUAUUUGCAUCAUGUUCACUGUGUUGAAGAUCCCUUCUUCUCAGGGGAGGCAAAAGGCAUUUUCUACCUGCAGCUCCCACUUGACUGCAGUGGUGUUGUUCUACUCUACCACCCUGUUCACUUAUGCCCAUCCGAAGGUUAUGUAUACCUACAGUGCUAACAAGUUGGUAUCAGUCUUGUACACAGUAGUAGUACCACUUCUGAAUCCACUCAUAUAUUGCCUCAGAAAUAAAGAAGUGAGAUUUGCCCUGAGGAAGACCUUUGCUUGCACAAGAAACAUCUAA